AUGAAUAUAGAUUUAACGAAUAUCAUAAAGAGAGGUGUGGAUUGCGCUGAGAAGGUCGAUUUUGAAGAUAAACCCAAUGAAUAUGAGGCGGGUUUACAAGCUUAUUUGGCUACAUAUGACACUUUUAUACAUGUGACAAAGUAUGGAACUAUAGACGAAGAAAUGAAGCUAACAAUUGAUGGAGAAGCCGAACGUUGUCUAAAACGAACUGAAGAAAUCAAAAAUAUCAUAAACUAUACAGUAACGACAAAUGAAACAUUGAUUGAUAAUAUUCCAUAUUGUGGUAGUUUGAUAAACAAGAAAAAUCCUGAAUAUGACAAUGAUAAAGGAGAUUCGAAACAUAUCAUGGAAUGUUUCAAUAAUAAAAAUGAAUUAUCAACCUCAGUACUAAUCUUUGGCCCCCCUGGUAUUGGUAAAACUUGUCUAGCUAAAGCGGUUGGCGUUGAAUGCAAAAUACCAAUUAUUUCGGUCAAUGCUUGGGAAUAUCAGUCAAAAUAUCUUCAGUUCACUGAAAAAUGUGUUGAAUCAUUAUUUCGAUUCGUUUGUCAACACCAGCCAUGCAUGCUGUUCGUUGAUGAUAUUGAUGGUUUGCUUGGGCGACGUGAUGAUUCACGUGUGGAAGUAAAUCAACGUAUAAUGAGAGAAUUUCUAAUUCAGAUGGAUGGUAUAAGAAUGAAUAAUGCACGUGUUUUCCUUAUUGCUGCGGCUGGUGUUCCAUGGUUACUUGAUACAACUCUUCAACAAAAGUGCGAUACCGAUGUACAUUUAUUUUAUCAUGAAAAUGAAUAA